AUGCUGCUGGUCCCUUUCAGCAGCAAGAAGGCUGUAACGUUCUGGAGGCAGCAAUUCAGGAGUGUACAGCAUACAUGGACGUGUGCGAUGAUACAAGCUACUCACAAAGACUGCAGGGCCAAAGCUCUUCAUGCUGAUGCAGCUGCAGCAGGCGUUCCUGCCAUCAUCACUUGUGGAAUCUACCCUGGUGUGAGCAACGUAAUCGCAGCACACAUAGCAGCGCGAUCGCUUGGAGAGGCAGAUAAAGAUGGGAACUACACAGAGCCUUCUUCAGAUGCACCAGCGCUAUCCCGGCUGCGCUACUCCUACUAUACUGCAGGCAGUGGAGGGGUGGGCAACACUUUGCUUGUCACAAGUUUCAUGUUGACUGGUGAGCCAGUCACUGCAUACAAAGAUGGCCAGAAAGUUGUUGUGGAACCCCUCAGCCAGCCCACAACAAUUGAUUUUGGGCCUGUAGUGGGGCGCAAAGGUGCCUAUCUGUGGAAUCUCCCUGAAGUCGCCUCCGCCCACAACUGCAUGGGUGUGCCCAAUGUUAGUGCCCGCUUUGGCACAUCACCACAGGUUUGGAAUUGGGUCAUGUGGCUUAUGGCUCGCCUGGUGCCAAAGGACGUGCUGCAGGACAGGGAAGCCAUGUCGGUCUUGGCAAACAUCUCAGAGCCAAUGAUUCGGCUGGUGGAUCUCUUCGUUGGGGAGACUGUGGCUAUGAGGGUAGAUGCUGAGCUGGAGGGUGGCAAGGCAGCAUCAGGUCUCUUCGUUCAUCCAAAACUGUCAGAGAGCGUGGGGGCAUGUGUGGGUGCUUUUGCACAGUGCAUGCUGAGAGGGGACACUAAGCCCGGGGUGUGGUUUCCUGAGGAGAAGGGAGCACUGCGAAAUCGAAGGGACCUUCUAGCACUAGCCUCCGAAGGGUGCCAAGUUUUGGUAGUCAACCAACCGCCGUGGGUUAUUGAACAGGAGCCCAAGCAACUUGGUUUAGGAAUUUAUAUGUAG